UCGUUCUUCCUCCAUAGUCUAGUAGUAUGACGCAUCUCUUCGCCUUCGUGCUCGCGUAGAAUUCUCACAGAGCGGCUGUCACUCACCACGCGACACUAUUUUCGUGGACCCACGUAUCUAGCACCUAUAGUCUUCAAAUCGUCAUCGUCAUUGAGCGUAUAUCGUUGUGCAUCCGCAUUGCCAAAACUGCAUCUGGCCAGUAUCCCCGUGUCUUCUGCUCGGUGCUAAGUGUCCACCCUCGCGGAUGAAUCGCGUUCGUCAACAAUAAAAGGAGAAAAGUGUCUCAGCACAAGCAUUACUAUGUCGCGCAACGUCUUAAAAGAUUCGCCGAAUGCGGCGUUAGACAAAACUCUGUUGAAGAAGUAUCUCGAUCUGCCUCAACCUGAAAAUGCGAUCCAGGCAAAGUACAUCUGGAUAGAUGGUACUGGCGAGGGAUUACGUUGUAAAACCAGGACCUUGGAUUUUGUGCCGAAACAUCCUUCCGAACUGCCAAUAUGGACGUACGACGGUAGCUCUACGUAUCAGGCUGACGGCGCCAACAGUGACGUUUACCUAUAUCCGGUGGCCAUUUACAACGAUCCUUUCCGCCGCGGCAAAAAUAAGCUCGUGCUCUGCGACACCUACAACAGCGACAAGACGCCGACGAGGUCGAACAAGCGGUACCUGGCAAAUCAGGCGAUGGAAGCUGUCAAGGAUCAGGAUCCUUGGUUCGGCAUCGAGCAGGAGUACACCCUCCUGGACUUCGACGGCAGGCCGCUCGGCUGGCCCAAAAAUGGCUUUCCGGGUCCGCAGGGUCCCUAUUACUGUGGCGUCGGCGCGGACAAGGUAAUCGGCCGUGAGAUCGUCGAGGCCCACUACAGGGCCUGCCUCUACGCCGGCGUGAAGAUCGCGGGAACCAAUGCUGAGGUGAUGCCCUCGCAAUGGGAAUUCCAGAUAGGACCGUGCUCGGGCAUCAACGCCGGCGAUGAUCUGUGGAUCGCUCGAUUUAUUCUGCACCACGUAGCCGAGGAGUACGGUGUGAUCGUGACUCUGGACCCGAAACCGGUGGACGGCACGUGGAACGGCGCCGGUGCCCACACCAACUUCUCGACGAAGCCGAUGCGAUCCGAGAACGGCAUCGCCGAGAUCGAGAAGGCGAUCGACAAGCUUAGCAAGCAACACCUCAGACACAUCCAGGCGUACGAUCCGCGCGGAGGAAAGGACAACGAGCGCAGGCUGACCGGGAAAUGCGAGACCAGCAACAUCCACGACUUCAGCGCCGGCGUGGCCAAUCGGAACGUCAGCAUCCGCAUCCCUCGCGGCGUCGCCGAGGACAAGAAGGGCUACUUGGAGGACAGGAGGCCCAGCAGCAACUGCGAUCCUUACUCCGUCACCGACGCCCUAGUCCGUACCUGUGUGCUUAACGAAUAAUAGAAUCUGAGAGAGGGCACACCGAACCAACACGCACACACCUGCGUACACCUGAAGCGUACAAGAAUUAUUAUUCGUAGAACUUAGCGAUCCUAUCGUACUGUUAUACCCUCCCAAGUAGUAAACUAACGUCAUUAAUGACGUCAAAAUGAUGCCUAAUGAUGUUAUUGACGUCAUUUUAAUGUUUAAGGACGUCAAUUUGGAAAAAUUUUGCGAAUUUAAAUUGCUCUGGAUUCAGAGAUCUAUUCUAAGUAUCGACGUCAUUAAACGUCAAAUUGAUGUUAUUAAACGUUAAAAUGAUAUCAUUAAACGUCAAAAUGAUGUCAUUUUGACAUUUAUGACGUUAUUAAAUGACGUGUACUCACUACUUGGGAACUGUUUGGCACGUUAGUUGAACUUUAUCUGAGAAAAAAAUGCUCGAGACGCUUAUCAGCUUCAGGCUUUGCGAAAAACAAGGUUUCUUUUUGUCGACGAUCAGAUCAGAUUGCAUCAAACGUCGAUAUAAUAUCAUGGGGUUAAUUUCUCUUUCGCUGUUUAUGUUAUGGAUAGGGUAUUAUUAUUUAGAGAGUGAAUUCAUAGAAGCGUUAAAUCGUAGUCAAUUUAUUGAAAUUGUCGACGCGCGAUCGUAUUCAUAGCCGGGAUAUAAAUGUUAGAUAGUCUUAAAACGAUGGUGGAUGUCGGAUCACGAUUUAAGCUUUCUUUUUCGUCUUCUUGGGCAGCAGCACAGCUUGGAUGUUAGACAAUACGCCGCCUUGAGCGAUGGAUGAUUCUCGUCUUGUUAUCACGGGCCGCGUUUCCAGCUAUCUCCAAAACUUCAGCUUGUAUAAUUGUAAAUACACACAAAUAUUGCUCUUAUUCCCUUCCUCACAGGAUCGCCUUCAGUAAGCUUUUUACAACGCCAUUUUAGAUAUGGCACACGAAAUAAAAAUGAAAUAAAUUUAUUUUUCUGAAAAAUACAACGAAAAUUUAUCAAACUAACAAUUUCUUCUCUUUUUCUUAAACGUUACUUGAAUAAAUAUAAAAUAAAAAUAUAAAAAUAGAUAAAUGAAUUUAUGAAUGAGAAAAACUCGUACUAACACUCGUUGAACUCAUCUUCUCGUCGUUCACAUGCGUGAAAUUAUUAUUAGAGAUUGUGCAAUCAAUUGUACAAACGAGAAGAAAGUCUACCUUUUAAGAAUUACAAAAAGUUUUAACCACGAUGUUUUGAUAUAAUUAUUUUAUUUUUACAAAACAUGUUUUAUAAGGUUCAACCUUUUUAUAAUGUAUAAGUAUAAACGAUGUUAUUAUUAUAUAGCUUCUGUUUUUUAGAUACGAGUUUUGAUUGCACUUGUGUGCGCACUAGUGCAUUCUAAAUAAAGAGUGUUGCACAUAAAAACAUACACCCAUACACAAAUUAUAUUGCAUAUAAUAUGUAUAUACAAUUGUUUGUGUAUGUUUAUGUAAAUAAUUAAACUAGCGAGAGAUUAUGCUCAAAACAAUCAUAUAUACAUAUAUGUAUAUUACUUAGGUAGCAAACGUAUGUCAUUUUGAUAUUGAAUGACGUCAUUUUAACGUUUAAUGACGUCAAUUUGCUACCUAAAUUACUCUAUUUCAAAAAUGCUUAUGUUAUGCUUUUACACUAUGCAUAACAACUGUAAUUAUUCUAUGCAUUAUAAAAGUAUAAGAAAAGUGUUCAAAAAAAAAUAUAUAUAUAUAUAUAUAUAUAUAAGUUGCUUAUUUGUCCCAAUGAAUGGAUGUGAUAUGGAUAGGAAGAUUGUUCAAUCUACAGAAAAUUCUUGCUUCUGUAUUUUGCGUUUUAUAUAUGAAGCCCCUAAGCUCGGCUUAAGUCUUGACUACGAAUACGUCUCGAAAGCGGAAUAAUUGAACUAAUAAUUCCGAGUUUCAUUCAUUGAAUACGAAUGUUUGACGCGAGAAUCAUGUCCAGUCGACAAACUACACAAAAAUGUUAAAUAAAAUCGCCAAUUUUGAGCUUUACUUAA